AUGGACCUCCUGCUGGCGAAGGCCAUUUGCAUUUUCACCUUCGUGUGUGUGGCAACGUUCGGAUGCUCCAUCCCAUACCUCAUAGGUCUCCUCGGGAAUAAAAAGAAUGCUGAGCAUGAAAAUAGAAUUAAGGGUGUUCUGUCCAACUUGAACUGCUUUGGAUCUGGUUUCAUCUUUUCCAUCGUCAUGUUUCACCUCCUCCCAGAGACGAUCAUGACAGUGACAUCUCAUAGUCAUAUUGUUUUAUUUAAUUCUUCCGAUCCUGAAGCCAAAACGUUAUUCAUUUUUUUAUUUGUUUUUAUUGGUUUUGCUAUGCAAUUGGCUUUGGAAUAUGUCCUUCCUGUGGAUGGUAACAUGUGCUGUGUUGUAAAUGAUAAUGUCAAGUCUAUGCUGGAAGAUAAUUUUGCCAAAAACAAGUACCAAAGUAAAAAGAGCGACUCCAUCAACAUCGAGAUGCACAGUGUGACGGUGAACGAACAUCAGUACCACCACGCAUGUGAUAGCCAGCAUUUCAAAAAGCAGCAGAAUAUCGUGAAGUUUCUGCAUGUGCUAACUUUGCAGUCUUUUUUUCUGACCAUAUCCCUGGCGGUGCACUCGUGCAUUGAAGGAAUGAUUGUUGGAACGUCAAAUGAUGUUAACUUCGUGUUUAUAAACUCCUUUUGUAUUUUAUCGCACAAGUGGAUCGCAGGGGUGACGGUUGCCCUCUCACUGAACCAGAACAACAUAAGCAAAAACCUGAAGAUCAUCCUCCUGAUCAUUUUCAUUUUUUCCUCCCCUCUUGGGAUAAUCAUUGGACACCUAAUAAAAUCUUCGGGCGAGAAGGUGACUUGCGUGAUUAACGCUGUUUCUAUUGGGACACUGCUCUUCAUCGGAUGCGAGAUUUUGCUAAACGAAAUAAAGCAAAAGUUUAGUCGCAAGAUACGAUUGGCCAAAUGGUUGAGCUUCUGCUCCUCCUGCGUAAUUGCGUUUCUUCUCAUUAUGAUGACACAACACCUGGCUCCACACGCCCACGCGCACAGUCUUGAUCACGGCCACAGCAGUAACCACCAUCAAGCGCAUUGA